UUUCUAUUCAUUAUUUGUCUGUUGAAGAUACCGCAUAAAUUUUCCUACAUCAUUUUGAUCUCAAGACAAGAGUUCGGAAAUGGGCUGUAGAAAACUCUUUAUCGUGGUUUUAUUCAUUUUUCCAUUUUGUAUACGGUGUCAGGAUGGAACAACUGUUGGAACAGUUGGACAGACUUCUCCAACACCAGUGCAGACUGUGGCAGCAGUGGUACAGGAGAAUGCUACAAAAACUACCACCACACCUAAAACUGUGACUCACAACACAUCAGAUCCAACGGCUCAAGUGCCAACAUCGAAAUCUUCAAACACAUCUGCAGAAACUACAGGAAAUGACACUUCUAGUCCUACAACUACAACAUCGGCUAGUGAAAAAACCAAUGAGGAACUCCCAACUGAAGAUGCAGUAACGGAUGAAGCCAUGGCAACCACCGGCCUUGAUGAUGAAGAUUCUGUCACUACAACUGCUCAACCAACUACACCACCUGUGCCAACUUACUAUGAGCUCUGUCCGUCUGGUCUGCCUUGUGAGAAGCUAGGUGCACAGUGUCUCAAUUGCAGUAUGGAUACCUCUUGCGUGUAUGGGAGAGAAUAUAAUACGACUUGUUACCCCAAGCAAGGCCUCGACUGUGUGGGUCCUUUACCUGUUAAAAGGACGUACCAAUGUAGAUAUUGUUACCAGACUGAGACGUGGCAGCAAUCCUGUACACCAGCCAAUAACUGCCAUGUUUAUGCUUGCCCUAAGCAAUAUAUUAGAGUCAAUUGCACAGUGGACGAAGAUGUCUUCUGUUUAGGCUCCAGAAAUUUUCAUAGAAGAAAACCCUGCAAUUGGACUUCAGGCUCAAAGUGGUCAACAGCACUCAUAUUAAGUGUCACGCUUGGAGGAUUUGGAGCAGAUAGAUUUUACCUGGGCUAUUGGCAAUCGGGUCUUGGAAAGCUCUUCAGCUUUGGAGGAGCCGGGGUCUGGACGUUAAUUGAUGUGUUGCUCAUCGCGGUUGGCUACAUCACCCCCUCAGAUGGAUCUCACUACAUUUAUUGACCAAUCAGAUGGACUCUUAUAUCCAAAUUGAUUUUGAGUUUGGUCAUCAAUACCUCACGCAUGAUUUCACACAAGGAUGUUUACAAAGAUUGAGCUGAUUGGUUAAACAUGGGAUACAUUUUGAUUGGUGUAAAGGAUACUGAAGGGCCAAUUCAUAUAACACUUUUGUCCAGUUGUCAACUAAUUGCAUAUCUACACUUCACAAAUGAUAACUACGGUGUUGUAAUAAAAACUUUGGUAAAAUUGCUAUCAGUGGCAACUUACACGGUACAGGGCUUCAAGAUCUAGGGCCGGUAUUCAAUUGACAGUAUUGAUCGAGUAAGCCUUUUGCUCAACUUUUUACUUUGCUAAGCAAAAUACUUAAACUCGAAUUCAGAUCACAUCUAAGUAUUUUGCUUUAGCAAGCCAAAUUUAAGCUAAAUACUCACUAAUUACCAUUGAGAUGUCAUAAAGUUUGAGCCAAAUAACGCACUUGUAUUUAUCCAUCCUUGCCCAGUUUGUAUGACUGUGCAUAUGGACGUUUGUAAACUUCACGCAAGGUAGGUGGCUGACUUACAUGUAGAUUUAAGCAAUUAUUUAACCAAAAAAAAUAAAAUUGAAUGUCAGAGAUCGAUAAGUAUUUUACUUGAUAAGCAUAAUACUGAGUAAAAUCCUGGCACAAGUAUCGAAUUGAAUACCAGCCCAAGUAUCCAUGGUAAGUUAGGAUGAAAGUCAGCCUUCCCAAUUGGCCCUUAUCUGCAUAAAACUGAGGUGUGGAAGUUAUAAGUGCAAUUGUGAAAUAUUGUUAUGUAAAUAAUAAUGUAUUUAGAAGUGUAAUAUAUAGACCUUUACUUUGUAACAAUUCCAGAUCAUCUUCAAUACUAAAACACAUUGGAGAAUCUACAUGUAAGUGUGUAUAUUGGAAAUCCAAAUUGAGAAAGUAGUAAAAAGAAAUUCAUUAUGAUUUUUAUUUUUUGUGAUUCCAUCUUGAACAUUAUUUGUAAUCACUUUCUCAGCCUAUAGACUACAAAAAUUUGAAUAAAAAAAUCAAUAUUUGCUCUCUGUUAAUAACUUUGGUAGAAAUGCAUUUAUUUUAACAGAAGGGAUAAAUGCUAUGCUGGUCCAUAGCUCGAUACAGGUUUCCUGAUUUGCAUGUGUAUCCCCUGAACUGUGUAUGUUUAUAUAUUGAUAGCUUUUAAUGUGAGUUUUUAUUUUGUAGUAUUUUCCUUGAUUAGAUGGAAAGGUGGUUAGAGUAUAGUCUGCAGGCACAGACCCUUGUUUUUUUUGUGAAGUGAAUGGUGUAGAGUCUGAAAUAGAAGACUAGAUUUACCUAUGUACCGUGGCUGCUUCUACCAUUUGACACACAGAGGCUCGUAUUCUAAUGAGAGUUUUCAAGUGAGCCAUGGUAUAGAACAAUGGACUACGCAGAUUUUGGUACAUAAUUACACUUAGUUCAUCGCAUACACAAAGAGAAAUCAAGUUACUAAAUGCGCGCUUUUGGCAGGGCGCUUUAGCUUUAUUGAAGUACGAUAAUGCGCUAAAUCUGCCUAGUCCAGAGGGUCGUUUGUUUGAAUCGCACCAUGACCUAGCGUCCUUUGGCAAGGCAUCAAUCCACAAUUUGCCACUCUCCACCCAGGUGUUAAAUGGGUACCCGGUAGGAUACGAAAGCCUAUGUAGUAUGCCUAGCAAUUGAGUCUUGAAACUUUUUUUGGAAUGCUCCCCAGGGAGUGGAGAAGGUGCAUACAUUGUAUGCGGACAUGCAAGGAUCCAAUGAACGGGGUAAUAAUAUAUCUGUAAAGCGCUUAGAAACAUUGUUCCGAUGUGUUAAGCAUUAUAUAAAUGUGUAUUAUUAUUAUAAUGUACCAUGGUACCAUUGAAACCUUAAUACAGGCCAUAGGGUCUGGAGUGUAGUCUCUACUCUAGACAUGAUUUUAUUUGUUAAAGUGUCAAAUUUGGGCCUGUGUUGUAUACUAGGCAACAUAUUUUGAUUAUAAGAAGAGUUAUGGCUCAUUCAGACAGAGUGUAACCAAGCUUAAAGGACAAGUCCAUCCCAACAAAAAGUUGAUUAUAAUAAAUAAAAUGUAAUCAAAAUCGGAUGUAAAAUAAGAAAGUUAUGACAUUUUAAAGUUUCGCUUAAUUUCACAAAACAGUUAUAUGCACAUCCUGGUUGGUAUGCAAAAUGAGACUGAUGACAUCAUCCACUCACUAUUUCUUUUGUAUUUUAUUAUAUGAAAUAUUCUGAUUUUCUCCUCAUUGUCAAGUGAAACAAUGAUUAAUUCCUCCCUGAACAUGUAGAAUCAGUAUUGUUUUAUACUAUAUGGUUCAGUCAAGAUGGUCCUUAUUGUCAAAUCUGUGAAUAAUGAAAUAUUGUAUAAUUCGAACGAUAAAAAACAAAAGAAAUAGUGAGUGAGGGACAUCAUCACCUCUCUAAUUUGCAUGCCACUAAGUUGUGCAUAUCACUGUUUUGUGAAAAAUAAGCGAAACUUUAAAAAGCCAUUAUUUUCGUAUUUCACAUCCGAUUUUGAUGAAAUUUUCAGUGUUAUGCUAUUUUGUUUUUUCUCUUUUUAUUCAAAUCAACAUUUUUCUGGGGUGGACUUGACCUUUAACAAUAGUAUAGUAAAGGUGUUGUGAAUCAGAUGAAAAGUCUGUGGACUCUCAAUCACAUGGUCUGGGGUUCAAUCCUCCUGCUGCAAUUGUGUCCUUUGGUAAGGCAUUUAUCUACUUAUGCAACUCUCGACCCAGGUGUAGUAAAUGGCUAUCUAUUAGGGAGGAAUUCUUAAAGGGUUGGGCACCCGCUCAGGGUAGCUAUGCCAAGGCCAGGGUAAUAGUAUACAAGUGCUUAUUAAGCAUUGUAAAAAUGUUGCAUUUAUUAUUAGUAUUACUCUUUUUGUUGACCGGUUAAAAAAAAAUGUAUACCAAACAACCAAACAGAUCUCUUUUUAAAAGCACAAAGUAAUGUACAUGUAUGAUAUAAAAUAAUUUUGAAUUUUUUAUGUCACAAGUUUGUCUCACCAACCUUGGGCACAUAUUUUUAAAGAUGCACGAGGCAUUGAUCGACUUCAGUUCCUUCAUUUUUUCAUUCUGCCAUUAACAUAAACAUGCAUGUCACCAUGUUUAAAAACUUUAAGAAAAGAAAUGCGGACCUUAUGGUAGUGACAGAAUGAAAAAUGAAGGCAGAAAUUUAGAAAAAAUAAGAUAUCAAGUAGUUCCGCAUUGGAAGAGGAUGAAUAAUGUAUUGGCAACAAUUAAUGUCCAAAGCAUUGGGAAGGUAGAAUGAGUGUAGUAUGGUCCCAUGUACAUGAAAAAGGCCAAUGGCUAGAAGGGCUAUGUUUUUAUAUUUAAUAAUAAACCUGUCGACAGUAAAAGAAGACAAUUUAACUUUUUCAUUGUGUCAGUACUUUAUUUCAAUGUAUUUUAUGUUUGCUUUAUUUCUUAGUACUUUUAAAUAAAAAAUGUGAAAUUUAGAUAUUUCAACUCGACCACUAAAAGCUUUAGUGUAAUCUGUAUGAAGAAUUAAAGAAAAGUGAAAAUGACGUGUACCUAUGACAGAUUUACAAGUGUUUGCAUCAGUUAAUACCAACUCUUGCUUUUCAAAUGCAAACUUUUACUUUUGUAUGUUUGUAAGUUGCUCCAUGUUUUGAAAUGUUGCUCAUCCUAUUUUAUCUUGGACACGUACCAUAAAAGAUAUACUUUAGAUAACUCCAGUCUAUACAAAACUAUAUUCAUACGUUACAAUCAGUUGUGUUACUUUGAAGUCAAAUGAUCUAGAUACAUUGAUGACAUAAUACAUGAUUAACUAGAGGUAAAA